AUAUUUUUGAAUAAUGAAGAAAUUGAAAUAUUGGUGUAAGCUAGCAUCCUCAUUCUCCGCCAUAAAUAACCCUUUCACCAUCUCUCCGCCAUCUACACCUCAACUUCUUCUUCUUCUUCUUCCUCUUCUUCUCUCAAGAAACAAAUAACUAGCUAGCGCCAUGGCGAUUAAGAGAUCUUCAAAGCUAGCACAAACGGCAAUGCUGAAGCAAAUCCUCAAGAGGUGCUCGAGCUUGGCCAAGAAUCAAUGCUAUGACGAGGAUGGCCUGCCUGUUGACGUACCAAAGGGUCAUUUUGCCGUCUAUGUAGGCGAAAAGAGGAGCCGUUACAUCGUACCCAUUUCCUUCUUGAAUCAUCCCAAGUUCAAGAGUUUGCUUCAACAGGCAGAGGAAGAGUUUGGGUUCAAUCAUGACAUGGGACUCACUAUUCCUUGUGAAGAAGUUGUUUUCCGCUCUCUAACAUCCAUGAUUGGAUGUUAAGAGGGUGAGAGAAAGAGAGAGAGCUUAUUUUUUUUUUUACUUAUAAUAUAAAUCAAGCUUUUUAGUUACCUUUGGAUGAAAAUUGUAUCCAAAGUGUUUUUCCGAACUAUAAACCUAUGAUGAUCCGCGUAAAAUGACCCUAUUAGUGUGUGGAUUAUGUCAAACAUGGGUUUUAGUUUGUUAAAUCCUAAGUGUAGCGCCCUAUAUAUGUUUGUUUCGCAUUCAAGGGUUUGAGAUGUAAACCUAAUUUAUUUUCCGCAAGCUGUAAUAAAUCGGAGUGAUGGCUUGGGCUAAUAAGAAUUAUA